AUGGCCGCCAAGAUAUUUGCCCUCCUUGCACUCCUUGCUCUUUCGGUGAGCGCUGCAACUGCGUUCAUCAUUCCGCAGUGCUCACCGGUUACUGCUGUGGGGUAUGAGCACCCAAUUGUGCGGGCCUAUAGGUUACAACAGCGCCUUGCAACUGCGACAGCAACAGUUCCUGCCAGCGCCAGUCAACUAUCUGUGGCGAAACCCUGCCGCCUACUGCCGCCAACAGCAACAGCUACUUCCAUUCAACCAACUGGCUGGGGCGAACGCGCUGCAUACCUGCAACAGCAGCAGCCGCUUCCGUUUACCCAGUCGGCUGUUGCAACCGCUGCUGCCUACCAUCAGCAACAGCAGCUGCUACCAGUUCACCCAUCGGCACUGGCUAACCCAUUGGCUGCCGCUUUCCUGCAGCAGCAGCAGCAGCAAUUGCAGCCAUUCGACCUGAUGUCUUUGAGGAACCCUGCCUUGUCGUGGCAGCAACCCAUCGUUGGAGGUGCCAUCUUCUAG